AUGGAAGGCAAAAGGGAAGCCCCCGAGGGGUGCAGCGUGCUGGGGAAGAAGGAGAACGAGCAGAUAGACGCCGAUUUGUACUCUAGGCAGCUGGGAACCUACGGAUUUGAACUGAUGAACAAGCUAAUCAAGCUGAACGUGCUGAUCGUCAACGUGAAGAGUGUCGGCUUGGAAUGUGCAAAAAAUUUGAUUCUCUCUGGACCCAAGUCCGUGUGCAUAUACGAUAAUGAAGUGUGCCAGAUGCCAGACGUCGGGGUGAAUUUCUUUAUAAACGAAGAAGACGUGGCGAAGCAAGUGACCCGCAGUGAUGCAGUGAUAAAGCACCUGCAGGAACUGAAUAGCUAUGUGCAUAUUUAUAAUUACAAGGGAGAGCUGAACGAGCAGUUUUUCCAAUCGUUUGAUGUGAUUGUCUGUUGCGAUGUGAGUCACUCUCUCUUAGUUAAGUAUAGCAAAAUGGUGAGGAGCAUUUCGCCAGUUAAGAAAAUCGCCUUCCUGUGCUGCAACAUCUAUGGGUUGUGUGGGUACCUCUUUGUAGAUUUUGGCAAAGGGUUCAUCUGCUACGAUAAGGAUGGAGAGAAUACCAAGGUGUGCAGCAUCAGUAAGAUAAGCAAGGCCCCCGAGGGAAUGGUCUCCUUCGACUUCGACAAAGGGGCCCCCUUUCAAAAAGGAGACUACGUCAAGUUUAGCAAUGUAGAAGGGAUGACCCAAAUAAACCACAAAAUUUUUAAGAUAAAGGACAUGCACAAAUAUACGUUCACCAUUGGGGAUACCUCCCACUUUGAUGAGUACUUGAAGGGCGGGGAGUGCACGCAGGUGAAGAGCCACCUCCGGAUGGACUUCCAGCCGUAUGAGUUUGUCUGCGCAACGCCCCUGUCGUGGGAAGCGGCGGGGGAAGGGAAAGCGGCAGGGGAGGCGACCACCGGGGAAGUUCCAACGGGGAGCUGCUCUCCCGUGCCGGACGGCGAAACAAUCUACGAGGACGUGCCCUCCCCCCAGAGCUUCCUCAUCUCCGACUACGCCAAGUGGGACAUGAGCAACCAGCUGCACUACGCCAUCCAGGCGCUGAAGAAGCACGAAGAAGCGAAUGGCAACGUGUUGCCAGAGAAUCAGGAGGAGGAGGCCUUCGAAAAGGUGUUUCAAAUUGCCGUUCAGCUGAACGAGGCGGACAAGCAAUCGAAGAAGACGUACGCCGUGGAGGAGGUGAAGAAGGAGGUGGUGGUGAACGUGGCCAAGUACUGCACGGCGCACCUCGCGCCAGUGGCCUCCUUCUUUGGAGGGCUGCUGGCCCAGGAGGUGAUAAAAUUUACGGGCAAGUACAUGCCGAUAUAUCAGCUGCUCUACGUGGACUUCUUCGAGUGCAUUUCGCUGGGGGUGGGUGAGACCACAGAUGUGAAGGAUGGCGUUGCUAGCGGCAACACCGCGAAGGACACCGCCAAGGACACCAAGCAGAAUGGCAAAAACGAUAACAUCAUCUGCGUGUUCGGGGAGGCCUUCCAGAAGCGGCUGAACGAGCUGCACGUGUUCCUGGUGGGGUCGGGCGCGCUGGGGUGCGAGUACGCCAAGCUGUUCUCCCUGCUGGACAUGUGCACGGCGAAGGAGGAGGGCAAGCUGACCAUCACAGAUAACGACAGCAUAGAAGUGUCCAACCUGAAUAGGCAGUUCCUCUUUAGGAGGGAAAAUGUGGGAAAGUCAAAAUCGCUAGUCGCAUCUGGCAUUAUAAAGAAGAAGAACCCAAAUAUGAAUGUAGAAUCGCUGGAGACCAAAGUGGGGCCAGAAAAUGAACACAUAUUUAACGAGUCCUUUUGGACCAAACAGCACAUGGUUGUGAAUGCCCUGGACAACAUUCAAGCGAGACAGUACGUAGAUAAUAAGUGCGUUUGGUAUUCUAAGCCCCUGUUUGAGUCCGGCACGUUGGGCACCAAGGGAAAUGUCCAAAUCAUUCUGCCCUUCCUAACCCAAUCGUAUAACGAUAGCUAUGACCCCCCAGAAGACUCAAUCCCCCUGUGCACGCUGAAGCAUUUCCCCUACGACAUUGUGCAUACCAUUGAGUACGCAAGGGAUAUUUUCCAGGGCCUCUUUUACAAUACCCCGUUAAGCCUUCAAGAAUUUUUAAGCGAUAAAAAGGGGUACGUUAAGAAAGUGGAAGAGGAGGGGAACAACGCAUCCCUCUUGGAGACGUUGCAAAAUGUGCUGACCACUCUAAAGGAGGUGUCCAAAGAGACUAACUUUACAUUUUGCGUGAAAAAGGCAGUAGAUCUGUUCUACGCCAAUUUUAUUAAUCAAAUUAACCAGCUGCUGUACUCUUUCCCAUUGGACUACAAGCUAGCCAGUGGAGAGUUCUUCUGGGUUGGUCAGAAGAAACCUCCUCAAGUUAUCCCCUUCGAUUUGAACAACGAAUUUGUACAGGAGUUCCUCUUCUCCACGGCUAAUCUCUUCGCGCAGGUUUAUAACAUCCCGCAAUGCUACGAUUUGAAGCACAUCUUAGAUGUAGCUAGCCAAAUUGAAGUGAAGCCCUUCCAGCCAAAGAGAGUGAAAGUCAAAAUGGACGAAAAAAACCUUAACAACAUUUCCAUCUCCUUUCUUGAUGAUGAGAAGAUAAUGCAGGACUUUUGCAAAGAGCUGCUCCACAUAGAAUGUGCAAAUGUGAAGGUCUCUCCAAUUGAAUUUGAUAAGGAUGAGGAGACCAACAUGCAUGUGAAUUUCAUUUACGCCUUUGCUAACUUGAGGGCUAUUAACUACAAAAUUGAGACCUGCGAUAAGCUGAAGGCGAAGCUAGUUGCUGGGAAAAUCAUCCCCGCGCUGGCCACCACCACGUCUAUCAUUACAGGCUUGGUGGGAAUCGAAUUGCUAAAGUAUGUUAACUACUAUGGGUACUUCCAGACGUACGUCAAGGCAACGGAGGAGGAGAGGAAACAGAUGAAGGACCUCCUCUCGUAUUUUAAGAACGCCUUUAUUAACUCCGCCCUGCCGCUCUUCCUCUUCUCGGAGCCCAUGCCCCCCAUCAAGAUGCGCGACAAGGAGUACGACGAGCUCAUGAAGGGCCCCAUCCGGGCCAUCCCCAACGGGUUCACCUCCUGGGACAAGAUACAAGUGCAGAUAGAGAACGGAACCAUCAAGAACCUGAUCGACCACAUCGGCGAGCAGUUCGGCGUCGAAGUGAACCUGAUUUCCGUGGGGAACGCCUGCCUGUACAACUGCUAUCUGCCCGCGCACAACAAGGAGCGCCUCAACAAGCCCAUCCACGAGAUCUACGCGGAGAUCACGAAGCAGAAGCUGCUCGACGACAAGAACUACAUCGUGGUGGAGGCCAGCUGCAGUGACCAGGACCUCGUCGAUGUACUCAUACCCUCCAUUAAGUUUAUCUACAAGUGA